AUUUUUUCACGCGUCGUCUAAGUCUAAAGAGUUCAACUAGUUGAGCAUAUUCAAUACAUAAAAAAAAAAAAAAAAGAGAAACAUAUUUCUUUAUUAUUAAAAUCAUAAUGCGAAAUUUACUCAUCAUCAGUACAUUAAUCAAAUCACUUUUGAUACCAUCAUAUCGAUCCACAGAUUUUGAGGUACAUAGAAAUUGGUUAGCCAUCACACAUAGCUUACCUAUCCAGAAGUGGUAUAUUGAAAACACUUCAGAGUGGACAUUAGAUUAUCCCCCUUUUUUUGCAUGGUUUGAGAAAUUCUUGAGUAUGUUUGCUGCUUUAGUGGAUCCUGAAAUGCUUAAAGUGGAUAAUCUUAAUUAUGAGAGUAUUGAGACGGUUAUUUUUCAACGCUUGACUGUUAUUGUGAGUGAAUUGGUAUUCUAUUGGGCUUUAUUAAGAUAUGUGAAAUACUUUGGAAACAAAUAUGUUAACUGUGUCUUAGCUGGUGCCUUAUUCCUUCAUCCUGGCCUUAUUAUUGUAGAUCAUAUUCAUUUCCAAUAUAACGGUCUACUUUAUGGUAUCUUGGUUUUAUCUAUAGUUGAAGCUAAAAGAAACAAUUUACUUUGUUCUGGUGUAUUGUUUGCUAUUUUACUUAAUUUUAAACAUAUCUACUUGUAUAUGUCACCUGCUUAUUUUAUAUAUUUGCUUAAAUCCUAUUGCUUUAUUCAACAAAAUGGGGCAAUCAAAUUUUCUAUGAAAAGACUAACAAUAUUAGGUAGUUCUGUUCUGGCAGUUUUUGCCAUUUCAUUUGGCCCUUUCAUUUACUUGGGGCAAUUACCCGACCUGUUUCAACGCCUCUUCCCAUUUACCCGAGGUCUUUGCCAUGCAUAUUGGGCACCUAAUUUUUGGGCGCUUUAUGCAGGUCUUGAUAGAGUUUUAAUUGUGUUUGCAAAGAGAUUUGGAUGGAGCUUAAAGGAAGAAGCAAUCUCUUCAAUGACAAGAGGAUAUGUCGGGGAUACUCAAUUUGCUGUUUUACCUACAAUUGAAGCUAUUCAUACAUUAAUUAUCACCGUCGUUAUUCAACUGAUCGUAUUACAAAAACUAUGGAGAAAGCCUACAUUUAAUAACUUUUUAUCUUCACUUAUCUUGUGCACAUUUUCUUCUUAUUUAUUUGGAUGGCAUGUGCAUGAAAAAGCCAUUAUGCUUGUUUUGAUCCCUUUUGGAUUGAUGGCAGCAAAUAGUAAAGUUAAUUUGCGUAUUUUAAUUAUUUUAAGUGCCGCUGGAAUUGUAUCUUUAUAUCCUUUACUAUUUCAUCCUGCUGAAACACCAAUUAAGAUUAUAUUGACAUUAUUAUGGUUUUGCGUCGUUAUACCUAGUCUUGCAAAUAAUAUAAAAACACCCCUCAAGGAACUCUUGACCAUAGAAAAAAAUUAUUUGGCGGGAAUGUUUCUUCUCCAAGCUUAUACCGAGUUUGGACAUGUAUUGAUUUUUGGAGACAAACUUCAGUUCUUACCAUUAAUGGUCACAAGUCUUUAUUGUGCUAUAGGAAUCAUAUAUGGCUGGGCAUAUUUUAUGUUGAAUUAUUUAACUAAUUAAAUAAUAGAAUUAUUAAUAAAAGAAGAAUACAUACA